AUGCUUUCCCGAAAUCUACUACGCGCAUCGGCGCGAGCUGCCAACUCAGCUAGCAGAGUUGCUGCUGCUCCCCGAGCUACCCUACCCGGCGCCGCCGCUUACCUGCACAACAACAAUAACCCUCUGAACAACAAGGACAACAAGGACAAGCAAUCGCCACCCCCGCCCGGUGCCUUUGCUCGUACGGACGACAGUAUCACCGUAGAGUAUCCUGAGGAGGACGCCCUUCCGUCCUCUGCGCCCGUCCAAGGCCGUGGUGGCUUCCACAUGAAGCGAACCCUUGCUUCUUUCUCCCUCGAGGGCAAGGUUGGUGUAGUUACUGGUGGUGCUCGUGGUCUUGGUCUUGUCAUGGGCCAAGGCAUGGUUAUUAGCGGUGCUAAUCUGGCAAUUGUCGACAUGAACAAGGAAGAAGCCGAGCGUCAGGCUAUCGAGCUAGUCGAAGUAUUCCGUAAGGAAAACCCAGGCGCCACCAGAGUCCCCAAAGUUACUGCCCAUUAUGCGGAUGUGUCCGAUGCCGACUCAGUGCAAAGCUGCAUUGACGAUAUCAUCAAGGUGCACGGAAAGAUAGAUCACCUCGUUACCAGUGCCGGUUUCACCGAGAAUUACAACGCCGUCGACUACCCCAUUGACCGAAUGCGUAAGCUUUGGAGCGUCAAUGUCGAUGGCACGUACCUCUUCGCCAUUACUGUUGCCAAGCACCUAAUGGAUCGCAAGAGCCCCGGCAGCAUGGUCUUCAUCGGAAGCAUGAGUGGUUCUAUUGUUAACGUUCCCCAACCCCAAGCUCCUUACAACAGUGCCAAGGCGGCAGUCCGCCACUUGGCUGCGUCGCUCGCCGUCGAGUGGGCGCAUGCCGGUAUCCGUGUGAACUGCAUUUCGCCCGGUUACAUGCUCACAGCCCUAACUGAGAAGAUUCUCGACGAUAAGCCAGACUUGAAGCGACAGUGGACCUCGCUUAUCCCCCAGGGUAAGAUGGGUCAGCCCGACGAUCUGAUGGGCCCCGUCGCAUUCCUGCUGUCUGAUGCCAGCGGAUACGUCACUGGCGCCGAUCUCCGCGUGGACGGUGGCUACACCGUCACUUAA